AUGCGGCUCACGGAAACUCUGACCGCUAGCAAGCGGAACGUCACUCUCUUGGCAAAUGGGGGAUCAAAACUUAUUUGGAAGGCUUAUGCUAUUGCGUUGCUGGCCCAUAUGACCACGCAAGAUGACCUGGACAAUUCUAUCAAGGCGAUCUUCGUCGCCUCUGCAGGCCUCUUCGAUAUCCCUGCAGGGGAGUUUGCUCCUCAGGAGAUCACCAAUAAUCACAACUUCCGCCGGACCGAUGCUCUGCAGAAUACCCGAUCCCCAUUCUACACAUCUGAUGGAGAAAGCUACUUCGAUUCUCGUCGCAAGUAUCUACAAGCUAUACAUGACGAUUCCAUGACUUCAUCUGAUGUCACUGGCUCAAUCUCAAAGCUCCGCUCUGAAGUUGAGCAGGCGCAGGACAGAAGUGCACAGGCAUACUUGCGAGACCUCGAUUUGUACAACAAGAGUGCAAUUGUGGCUGGAUCUGAGCUUGCCAACUUUGCAGCGUGGGGCGAGAAGUUCGGCAUUUAUUAUGUAUGGGCGAAGAGGGAGCAGAAAAGGCUCGAAUCGGAUUACACCCUUGCCGCCACUAAAACGUCAAGCAGCGUUGGGUUAGUAUUGGCUGCGUUUGAUUUGGCACGGGAUACCUCAACGCUCAGACUUGGGAGUAACAUGCCAUGUUCGAAUAUGGACAUCCCCUCGUCUAUGGGGCGCGCACAAACUACUCUAGUAGUUCCCUCUGGUCAAAUCUAUUAUAGGCCCUUGUACUCAACCAAUGGCAUCGACCGGAGAGUUGACUCCUGGGUUGGCGCACAAGACGGCGGCCUUGAAGAAGUUGAGUUGGAUCUCGAUCUUUCUAAUGCCAAGACAGCUUCUUGGGCCAGCCUUGGGUUCCCGAAUCUUGAUCAAGACCCUCUCUACGACACCAAGCUUAUCGACGCUACCAGUCCUAAGACGACACUCUCACUCCAAGCUGGGGGUAUGCAAGCAUUCGACGUUGAUCGGGGUUUUUGGUGA